AUGAAUUUGAGAAAGAUCGAGGAUGUUAAUAUUGCAAAAUACACUAAAGAUAAUUGGGAAUCUUUAAGACAUGAAAGGGAACCUUACGCUAAAAGAGAUACGUUGUGUCUCGGAGCUUGUUUGAUAAAAUACAAUCAAGCAAUGAAAAAAACUGUCUUCCAAAACGUUUCCAAUAAUCUAACGGCUCCUUCUUUAUCUUUAAAGGGUUGGUAUUAUUUAUAUCAUUACGAUAAAGAAAUGGUUAAAGAAGAAUGGUAUGAAACUACUAGAAUGGUUCCCAAACACACCGAAAAAGAAAACGUAGAAAAAGUUUACUCGCAUACUCACCCUUUUAUAAGAUAUUUUAUCAGACAAAGUAUUAAAGGAGGAAGAGUUUCGGCAAAUCGAAAAUCAUUUGAAACGGAUAAAAUGAAUGAGAUCUGCGCCAUAUUAAAAGAAUACAAUGAAAGUGACACUGAAGGAAUAAUAGAUUUAUUCAAAGAAUACAGUAUUAACCCAAAAGAUAAAACGGAAGUUCACGCUAAACUCAAAGAACUGGACUAUUCUAAACUGAUGGCAUUUGACGCUAAUGGGUUGUACGCUUCCGCCAUGACAAAAGGGGAACAUCCUAAAGCGGAAAGUGCAAGAGCGUUUCUACCAGAAGAAGAAAUAGAAUUUGUAAAACUCUUCAAUAAACAAAAAUUCAGACCUAGAACUGCUAUUUUAAAAGUCUGGUUUGAGUAUCCCAAAAACAUGUUCUUUUAA